GGGCCGACGGGGCGGGGCAGCACGGCGGCGGAUCUCCACGAGAUUCUGCGCCGGGCGGGCUGGGCCUGCUCGGCGGAGCGGCUGGGGAACGAAACCUUCCCGGACAGGCCCGGCGCGCGCGCCGGGCGCUGGCAGUUGGGCUCGGGUGAGCUCACCCCGCGGUCGCUCGACGGCGAUCUUGAGAGGUCGUGCGACGCGCUGGGGGGCGCUCGCUCCCUGCUCGGCCCGGCGGGCGCCGGCUUCGGCCUUGCGCCGCAGCCCAGCUGGGCGGGCGCCCUCGAGCGCGAGACGCCGCCGGCCUGGGCUGGAGGCGGGCAGCUGGCGCCUGCGCCGGCGCGCCGCGCGCCCGCGGCGAGCGCGCCCCCUGCUGUGGAGGCGGCCAGCGCCGCGGCGAGCGCCCUCGAGGGCGGCCCGCGACGCCUCGGCCAGCGCUGCGGCGGGCGCCCCCGGGGCGGCCCGCGGCGCCACGCCGCGGCGCGGCGGCGGGCGCCCUACCGGGCGUGCCCACAGCCCGCGGCCGGCGACAUCC